GCGAGAUGCCACUAACAUUAGUCCAACACUAGUGCUGUGACGUAUGCACCUAAGUCAAAGUUGUAACUUGUAGUUGUGUGCGUCGGGUCAUGUAAUAAAUUCUAGGGAACAGGUAAACUUUUCGCUCGUUAUUAAAUCUCUGGUAGAUUGGUUUAACACUUGAAGUAGAAGAGCAAGUGGAUAUCAGCGCUGGUUGUCAUGCUUGUCCACAGUCGGAGACAACUGGAUCAAGCUGGAGACAUUUGAUGACCUGUGCAGUGGCUUCCGGGUUAGCGGAGCACAUCCAUCGCCAUGGAAAAUUUUGGUCACCGUCUUUUGGUCAUCCUGUCGGUCAUUCUCAGUGUGAGAGGAGAUACAGUUCACCUAACAAUGGUCUCACCAACACCUUAUGGGGCUGGGUCUUCAGCUAGCAUCAGCUGCUUCCGUAGCAGUCCUGAUGAAGAUGUGACAUUAAGCUUUGGUAGACCAUUCCAAAUAGGUCUCCACAGAUCUUCAGUGCAAACUUCAACCACCCUCCCUGAUGGCAGUACACAAUCAGUGAAUGGACAAGUAGUCACACAGGAUCUGACUUCCAGUAAUAAUGCCACUGGGUUGUUUUAUUGUGAAGGUUCAAAUAGAAACUUGACUACCAGGGUGUACAGCAUCAUCCACAGUAUUCACAGGAGGUUUCAGCCAGGUGAUGGACAAGUGACAAGGACAGUUAACAAAGGAGAAAACGUGACUCUCUCUGUCAUCCCUGUUAAUUCUGGUGGAACUCCUCUUUGGCGCCGUACCAACGAUGGAGUUGUUGAUUUUAUGUCUGCUUCAGGACUGGAUACUUUGACAGUUUCCUCUGCAGAUGUUGUUCAUGGAGAUUUGUAUACUGUCAUCGCAAGUGCUGUUGGUCUUGAAAACAAUCAUUUCAGUAUGAUUAGACUCAUAGUCAGAGGCUGUGCUGCAGGCAAGUGGGGUCCUGCCUGUGUUGAGCUGUGUGACAUGUGCUACAAUGGAGGAGUGUGUGAUGAUAAGACAGGAGACUGCAUCUGUCCACCAGGAUUCAGUGGACCAAACUGCCUCACUGCAUGUGGUAUGCACAAAUUUGGCUGGAACUGUGAGUUUGAUUGUGCCUCACCUCCGUUCUCUUGUACCGGCCAGUUUGGUCUGCCAGAUCCCUAUGGGAACAGCUGCAUCUCAGGCUACAUGGGAGCAUACUGUAGUAAUCGUUGUCCCUCUGGAAGAUUUGGUGCUGGAUGUACCCAGACCUGUCGCUGUCGAGCAGGUGGUGAAGCUUGUGACAGAUUCACAGGAGAAUGUGCACUGAGUGGAUGUCAAGACGGUUUAUCUGGAACAAGCUGUCAAAUAUCAGGCACAUGCUCUACUGGCAUGUAUGGUCUAGACUGCCUCAGCAACUGUCACUGUGCUAACAACGCUGCCUGUGUCAGAGAUAGCGGCUACUGCAGCGGAUCUAAUGGAGCCUGUGCGGAUGGAUUCAAGUCAGAUGUGAAUGCUAACAACUGCCAGACAGGUAUCAUUGAGUUCCAAAUGUUGACCAUGCCCAACCAAGGCCAAGUUGUGAAUUUCAGCUGUGCUGCUACAUCUGGGGAUGUUCUCACGGCAGACUCGCUCAUGCUAAGUGGCUCAGCAACAUAUACCUCAACCAUGAGAGAGGGGAAUGUUCUGAACAACACAUUCACUAUGUCUGGACUGAGUGACAAUCAACAGAUCAUCUGCUAUCUUCUUCGUAAUGGUGGAAAUGUACAUGUAGUCCAAACACUGACAGUGUCCCUUUUCGUCCCACCGUACCUUAGCCAGCCUCCUACAGUCAUGGCUGGGCCACUAUCAGCGACUGUAAGCUGGCAGGCAUGGGGAUCAGACAUUUUGGAUUUUGGAGAUGGACCAGUCAUCAAAUAUAUUGUAUACUACAAUCAAGUACAAAGUGGUUUGUCUUCCGGUGGCGAGGUACAAGUAACAGACCUGUCCCAGGUUGAAUAUAGCUUUGUGGUUCAACCACUGGCACCGAGUACUCAAUACCAAUUUAGUGUGUCAGCAGUGAGAGAUGGUCAAGGAGGUGGAGGGCCAAGGAGUCCCACAUCAGCCUGGAUAUAUCCUCUAGCAACACCCCCUCCAACUACUGAAGGUCCUGCCAUCACAGAAUCUUCCACAGGACGAUUAACACCAGUGGUUACUACUGUAGAAGGGCUCACCACUCUAGUGGAUUUGACCAGUCCAUCUCAUGACCCUAAUAGCCCUGUAUCUGUUGAUUCUACCACGGUAUCAACAGCCACCAAUCCAACACCCAUGAGCCUUGUCGGUGUGGUGGUUCCUGUCGUCAUUGUUCUAGUUCUUCUCCUCAUCUUGGUCAUUCUGCUCAUUGUUUUGGUGAAGCGCAUUCGUGAUAAGAAGCAUGCAGAAGUGGAUGGUGGAAGUAGUAUGCAGGGCAAGUUUGAAAGCAGCAAUGACUUAGCCAGCCUUCAAACAAUAGACAACCCCAUCUCCAUCCCCAUGGAGGACAUCAACUCCAACCCCAAUGGGGAUGUGGUCCCAGCGAUGACCCUCGCAGUGCGGCCAGAGUCCAGCGUCAGCCAAAUCUCGACGCUGGACAGCAGCUCACCAUUUGCUGGCCUGCCCCUCUAUCCUACCAGGGAGAGGGAACUCAAGAAAGAUCCCAUCCCACUCAAGGACUUUGUGGCAUACGUACGGCAGGCCAUACAGGGACACCACCUCAGGGACGAGUGGUCUUCCUUCCCCGGAAUAGAAGCAAUAUGUUCCUGUGAUGUCUCCCAGCUACCUGACAACAAGAUGAAGAACCGAUAUCGGAAUAUACCAGCAUAUGAUCAUUGUCGUGUCAUUCUGGAACAUGAAAAGGAAGAUCCUAAUUUGGGCUACAUCAAUGCCUGCUAUAUCAAGGGUUACAAGAAUGACAAAGCCUACAUAGCAACUCAAGGGCCCAAUCAGGCCACAUCACAUGACUUCUGGAAGAUGGUGUGGCAGGAGAAUGUCCGCAUCAUUGUCAACGGCACCAACCUUGUGGAAGAUGGAAAGAACAAGUGUGCCAAGUACUGGCCAGACAUGGAGCAACUUGAAACUUUUGGUGGCAUUUCCAUCAGCCUGGUUAAAGACGAAACUAGAGGGGAGUACAGAGUCAGGACGAUGAUCAUAGCAAAGAUUGGUGACAGCAAAGCUACACCCAGGACCAUCCGACAGUUCCACUAUACCAGCUGGCCUGACAAGGACGUUCCAAAGGAUGUAACUCCUGUCUUGAGGCUCAUCAAAGACUUCUCAGAUGCAACACCUGAAGGAGCAGGACCCUAUCUCAUCCACUGCAGUGCUGGUGUAGGCAGGACUGGUGCCAUCAUAGCCAUUCAUGCCUUGCUGCAACAAGCUCACGCAGAGAAGACUCUUGAUAUCUACAACUUUGUAGCUGACAUGAGAGACCACCGUGUCAGCAUUGUACAGACCCCGGUUCAGUACAUCUUCGUCCAUCUGGCCUUGCUGGAGGCUCUGUUUUCAGGUGACACCUGCAUUCCUUCAUCUUCCCUUAAGAAGAGGGUGGCAGAACUCAAGAAGAAGAAGAAGAUGGCUGAAGAAUUUGAGCAACUGAACACGAUCAGCCCUGUGCCCAUUGCCGAGAGAUGCCGCUCUAGCGUGAUGGAAAGCAAUCACAACAAGAACAGGUUGCCUAGUGCCCUUGUCCCUGAAAGCUGCCGGCCAUUUUUGAUGACUCCAAGAGAAGAUGGCAUGGAGUAUAACUACAUCAAUGCCGCAUUUGUGGAUGUAAGGUUGAAUUUGUGGACGGGAUACUUGCUUAAAGAAAGGGUCUUGUUUGUGAUUGAUUCUUUAAAGUGACACAACGUCAUUGUGAAAUAUGAAGGGAUAAUACUUUUAGACCAUUGAGGAUGACCAGGACACUAUACUCAUGUUGUAUCCCGGUCCAUCUGUAAAC